AAGGGUGGCCAGUCGCCAGGUGGCGGUGUAGAGGGAGGACAGCCAGUCGCCAGGGGGCGGGCGUCUAAUCCCGCUCUGCCAGGAAAGAUGGGCGGAGCGGCGUGAGAGGUCGAGGCACUGGGAGCUGCGGAGGGACAGUACGUUUGGGCUGCAGGCCAGCAAAUUAUAAACAGCUCUGUUCGCUCCUUUUUGGAUUGUGCCAUUUGAAUCCUGUUUUACGGUGGUUUUCUGGUGCCUCAGCUGCUUUAUCACUGAAAAUCCAUCUAAUUGCCUGAUCUUUGGAGUGCCUCAUAUUGAGAUUGCAGCAAACUGGAAUUGGGCACAAUUGGGAGCAUCCUGACUGGCUGCAUCACUACCCACAGAGAGAACUUCCCACAGAGAGUGGUGUGGACAGCCCAGCUCAUCUAUAGACAUGAACUUCCCACUAUUCAGACAGAUAUUGAAGCUGCGUGAUUUUCAUUAAAAUUGGAACAAUGAGAGUAGCAGGUCCAGUAAAACUUGGGGUUGUCAUUGUAGUGUCUUUGUUGAUGGGUUAUCUUGCAUUCCAAGUAUUUGAAAUCAAAAUAAAUGCAAAUUUGAGAUCAAUAUUUGCCAGAUUACAAGACGAUCAAGUACAAAUAACAAAGACACCGAAGUACAAAUGUGGCCUCUCAAAGCCUUGCCCUGAGAAUCAUUUUGCAUUCAAAAUGGCCAGUGGAGCAGCAAAUGUUGUUGGUCCCAAAAUCUGUAUUGAAGAUAAAAUCGUAAUGAGUGGUGUUAAGAACAAUGUUGGUCGGGGUAUGAAUAUAGCUACAGUAAAUGGUAAAACUGGUGAAUUAUUGGAGACUAAAGUUUUUGACCUUUGGGGCUCAGAUGUACAACCUUUCAUUGAUUUCCUGAAAGCACUGAAGGAUGGAACAAUAGUAUUUAUGGCUACUUCUGAUGAUGCGGCAACCAAACUUAAUGAUUUGGCACGGCAGCUUGUAAGUGAAUUGGGGAGUUCAUCCAUCUCGAAACUCAGCUUCCGAGACAACUGGGUAUUUGUUGGUGCAAAAGGGAUUCAAACAAAGAGUCCUUUUGAACAGCAUGUAAAGAAUAAUAAAAACACAAACAAAUACGAAGGCUGGCCAGAAGUUUUAGAAAUGGAAGGAUGUGUUCCCCCGAAAAAGGAAUAAAAACCUUGAGAAUAAAUUAUAUUUUGAACAUAAUUUCUGUGUUUUGACUUGACCAGAUUUCUGUUCAUUUUUCUUUUAAUCUUAUUUCUUUGUCAAUUUAGUCCCUUACAAUCACAGUUUUAAAAAAAAUAUAUUAAGAAACAGCUGUCAGAACCUCCAGUCCAUGCAAGGACUAAAACAUUGAUGGCAGUUACCCCGCCCACCCAUGUAACAAAUCUUUUGUUCACUUAAAUUUCAUUUUGGAAGAAUAACAGAACUGGAUCAAAACUGGUCAGAAAUAGUUCAUUUUUGUGGAAAACAGAACUUGAUUGAUCCAUUGUGUUGCAUGUUUAUAAAUGUAAUGUGGUUUAUGGUUAAGGAAUUGGAUGACAUAUUGUGCACUUAUAGUUUUUGUAUAAGUCGAUAGUAUUUGUACAAGUUGUUCUUCCAAAGCUAUAAUGUGAAAAACCAAAGUCCAGAGCUCGGGCUAAAAAAUUAACUAUGUGAUGAAUGUCAUCUAAGCACUUGUAAUUCACAAAUGACUUUAAACCAAAUUUCUGUAUUCCUUGUGCUUGGGAAAACAAAAAUUAUUUGUAUUAUUUUUCCUUUUAAUCUCAUGUUUUAUCUUUCUGCAUUGGUAAAUAUUAGUGAAUCUGUGCUACAUCGCAGGUGAUUGGGAAGUAAUGUUUGGUUAUACUCAUUUAUUCUGCUGGAUGAUUUGUAAAGCCUGUUAGGUGUGGAUGUCAUGAAACUGCUUGUUUUCAGUUUAAUGUUAUGUUGCCUCUAAUCCUUCACAACUAAUGUUCAUUAACAUUAGAACAGUGAAUUUCACAUCUUUCUAUAUAGAAACUAGGCAUUCCUGUGGAAGCUUGAAUCUUUUUCCACAAAGUAUUACCAAACAAAUUAUUGUUUUAAUGGGCCUUUGUAAAAUAGGAGACAGCAACAAAAUCAGCAUGUUAAAUCAAAAAGUAAAUGCAGCACAAGAAAUUGAUUACAGUAAUUGGAGGUGAUAUUAAUUGUGUGUUAAUAUAUAUGGAAGUGAAAGUGAAAUCAUUGUUCUAGAUUCAGAAGCUUCCAAUCUGACACAUUUACUAUUUCUAUAAUGUGAACAAUUUUACUGCAUUAUCUACCAUUUCUACGUUUGUUAUAAUGUUGUGCAAGCACCUAAAAAGGCUUUGAAUUUUUGUAAUGAUACAUAUGUCACUUACUGGUUUGCAAAAUGAAUCACCAGCUCAGACUUAAUUCAUGACUUUGUGUGUAAUUGAGAGUUCACCACUGUUUGACUGUAAAUAUUAAUAAUGCCUUGAAAUUAUCUAUAGAUAAGAAGGGAGAGGUAAAGCAAAAUAAUUCUUUUCCUGAAAGGGAGAAAUUAAAAUAUCCAAUUAUUUUUAAGUCA